AUGUACUCCAAAUUCUGGCCAAAGGGAGGUCUCCCAGGAAUCCUGCACCAUUACACCGAGUCCCUCGUUACAUUCGAAUACACCUCCGCCUCCGUCCGCAAACCUCACAGUCUCCUCUUCGUCGGCGGUCUAGGCGAUGGCCUCGCAACAACAUCCUACAUGGCUGACUUGGCCAAAGCCCUCCAGCCAACCGAAUGGUCCCUCUUCACCCUAAAUCUCACAUCUUCCUACCAAUCCUGGGGCCUGGGUCACCUAGACCGCGACACGAACGAGAUCGCAGAAUGCCUCCACUAUAUCAAGGACUACAAGACCGAGAAAUUCGGCGAGGGAAAGAUCGUCAUGAUGGGCCACUCGACUGGUAGCCAGUGCGUGAUGCACUACCUCUACCGACCGAACCCGCAUCUCUCGGUCCCAGCGUUCGAUGCUAGUCUCGAGCACAAGCUCCGGUUACCCCUCGAUGGCGCGAUUAUGCAGGCGCCCGUUUCUGAUCGGGAGGCUGUGCAACUGUGUAUUGAGCAUGGAUUUGGCAAAAAUUCGCCGGCGCAGAUGCGGGAGAUCUGUGAUAAAAUGGAGGCCAUUGCGAAGGAAGCGGUGCAGGGGGGGAGUAAAUAUGAUACUAUGCUGCCGCUGGAGUUGACUUCGGCUAUUUAUCCGUCUAAUACGCCUAUUAGCUGUCGGAGGUUCUUGAGUCUUUAUAGUCCUGAGAGUCCUCAUACUCCUGGUGAAGAUGAUUUGUUCAGUGCAGAUUUGAGUGAUGAUCAGUUGGCUGCGACCUUUGGCUUGAUUCAGCAGCAGGGGCUAUUGAAGCAUAAACUAAUGGUCUUGUACUCGGGGGCCGAUCAGGCGAUUCCUGGGUGGGUGGAUAAGGAAAAAAACCUGGCUCGAUGGAGGAAUGCUGUGAAUCAUGGUGAUAAGUUCCAGAUCUGGGAUGAUAAGCACACUGCAAUUAUCCCAAAUGCUUCUCAUGCGUUGAGUAACGACGAUCAGGCUGAGCCGCGUCAGUUCCUGGUUGGGAAGGUUAUGGGAUAUCUGGAGACAGCACUUGCGAAAUAG